GUUUCGUCGUCGGAAGCGCCGAGAAGGAAAAAACAAAGCCCGCGCCGCUUUUACGAGGUCGCCCAGGCGAGAGCCGGGGAGACGGGUCAAACCGCACCGCGGCUACGCCGUCGGCUUCGUGCGCGUCUCUGCUUCUGUCCGUUCGUUUCACUUGCGCUGCUGACGUCAGCUCGAGGACGCCGCGGCUGGUGAUGGUCACGUGACUGACCCCGCCCCCGCUGGCGUGCACGUGCUUCGUGCGACCUCAGCAACCUCGUGCGGCGCGCUCUGUGGUAGCGCCGCAUGGACGAGCGUCGCUUGCAUUACAGGGGAAGACCUCGGAACGCUGAGGCCGGCGCAGAAAUGAGGUCUCUUCAGAUGAGCUCCGGCUACCCCGAUGACUUCCGGUUUGGCUCCAUGGUCAGCCGAAAAUACUGCUGCGCUUCCGGCUUGGCCAUUUCCGUCCUCGGUGUCAUCUGUGGUGUCCUGCUGGGCCACUUCGCCAUGCGGGGUGGCAGCAGUUCCAAGUCGGAUCAACAUGGGAUUGCUGAAGCAGAAACAGUCGGCCAGGUUAGAACUGUUGAAGAAGACGUCAUGGCAUUUCUCAACAAGUACGACUAUGAGGCCAUGUUGCGGAGAUUCGUCGAAAUGCCAAAGCUGGGCGGUACAGAAGGCGAGCGCACUUCUGCCGAAUACGUGGCGAAGAUGUGGGAAACCCACGGCCUCGAAGACGUGCACCUGACCCCUUACAAGGCGUACUUCUCUCACCCGGACCCGGAACGACACAGCCAGAUAUCCAUCACUGACAGUGAGGGAAAGGUCGUGUAUUCGGUGACAAGGCAGAAGACGGGCUCCAUAGAGCCCUACCUAGCAUAUUCUGCCACUACCGGCAGUACACCUGUUGUGGCGGAGGUCGUCUACGCCAAUUAUGGGCGACCGGAAGACUUCGCUUACCUGCGCGAGACCGGCAUCAAUGUCACCGGAAAGAUCGUUGUCAUCCGCUUUGGUCGCGUGUUUCGGGGAAACAAGGUGAAAGAAGCGGAAAGGCAGGGUGCCUCGGCGGUCAUCCUCUACCCUGAUCCGGCAGACUACGCCCUCCAGCCUCAACGGCCUUUCCCGGAGUCGAUGUCUCUGCCGGCGUCAGCAGUCGCCUCUGGAACGCUCUCCCUCGUUAACGGAGACCCACUGACGCCCGUUUACCCAGCUACAGAGGACGCUUUCAGAAUACCUCUGAGGGAGGCAAACCUUCCUGGCAUCCCGGCCUUCACAGCAUCCUUCGAGGAAGCGGCCCAGAUACUGAGACGCCUGGCGGGCCCUCCGUCGCCCGAAGAGUGGACGGGUGACUUGAACAUCGGCACCUACCGCCUUGGGCCAGGUUUUACUGAUGCCAAGGAAAUGAAACUCGAAGUUCAUCUCAAGAAUGGUCUUGCGAUGACAUACAACGUCGUCGGAAAAAUAACUGGUGUGGAAGAACCUGAGAAACUGGUUUUGGUGGGGAACCACAGAGACGCGUGGACACCCGGCGCGUUCGACCCCGUCAGCGGCACGGUGGCAUUGAUGGCCAUCGCUGAAGCAUACGGCAAGAUGGUCCGGCAAGGUUGGAAGCCUCGUCGCACGCUCGUGUUUUGCAGCUGGGGCGCCGAAGAGUUUGGUCUCAUCGGAUCCCAGGAAUGGGCCGAGCAACAUCGCGUUCAGCUGAGUCAUCAAGCUGUGGCGUACUUGAACGUGGACAUCGCCGUUCAGGGAAACGGCACUCUGGAAGUGUCCGCCAGUCCUUUGCUGGCCCAUUUGAUCUGGCAAUCAUCUAAAAAGAUUCCGAAUCCGGACAAGGACGAAGUUGCGCACGGGAGGUCGUCGGUGUUCGACACCUGGCUUGUGAACUCGCCGUCGUUCAAUAAUCCUGACACCGAGCCGAGGUUCCUGGAUCUCGCGUCGGACAGUGAUUACGCGCCGUUCUUCCACGAACUUGGCAUUCCUUGCGUGGACGUUCGCUACGCCUGCCGUAACCAGAGUUUCGACUCCUGCCUACCACUUUACCACACCAUCUACGAGACGGAAAUGGCUUACAAGAUGGUCGACAAGGAAUUUUCGUUCCUUCGGGCCGUCACGCAGCUGCUGGCGUCGGCAGCGCACUUACUGGCGGUGCCGGCGCUGCUGGCCCACACGGUUCGGCCGUACGCAGCGGCACUCAACGAGAGCCUGGCCGAGCUGCGCGUGCUGUACGCCACGCACAUCGAGGACCAACGGAUCGACGUGGGGCCACUAGUGUCAGCCGUGGAAAGCUUCUCGAGGGCCGCCGAUGCUGUCGAGCAGGAGAGGCACCAGAGCAAGAGUUUCAGAGGCAUAAACAACAAGCUGAUGCUUUUGGAACGAGUGUUCAUCGACAGUCCAGGCGUUCUUGCAGGGAACAUGUACAGGAACCACACGUGGGCAAGCUACCUAAGCAAGCACGUUGUGUUCGGCGUCAGCUUCGAUGACGCCAACGUCGGGUCGCGGUUCACCGCCCUGAAGCGAGCCCUCGUCGAUGCAUCGUCACUUGCUACGCCGCUGAUAGCCUCGUUGACGUACCGCAUCAGGGCAGCUGCAGAGAUCCUCAUGGACGCGCUCUGAUGGAGCCUUGACGACAAACUCGAGUCAGAGACCGCAUGCGGCCGCAUCGGUUGUGCGCUGUUCAGGGAGGCUUGAAUAAGUGCCCUUACGCAGCCGCGGCGUUAGGCCUGCGCUGGCAACGUCGGCGCCCAAAGGUCAAAUUCACGACCAGACGGACGGAAUUCUUGAUGUGUCAUCAUACUACCUUCGGCCUCAUACUUUAUUUUGACGCUUGAAAACACCACUGGCUUUUCCAGCUGACACAGACCGUACGCUAAUUGCCACGUAGGGUGUACGCUGACCGAUUCCUUCUGUUUUAACGUCACUGCGGCUGACGGGAAGAAAAAAAAACAUACUGUGCAGCGUUCAAGCCAGCGGCCGCUUCUUUACUUCAAGGUGCUUUAUUGGAUGUAUUACGUUCACUUCGUAAGGAGACAGUGUACUUAAUAUUUGAAGACAGUGCAAAAGAAUUAGGGUUGCAAAAACUGAGUACAGCCCAAGUGCAUGUUGCAGAUCUUUGGUUACACCUUGAACAAUUUUCUUCUGGUUGCACGCCGUAGUGAGGGUUGCACUUCUGCAGUCACCUUCACUAAGGUAGGAUUAAAAGCAGGAGGCAAGUUUGUGCUAAGACCAUGCUUAGUAAGACGCGGCAAGUAUGCUCAUGGCGGAUGGUAAGAUUCUCCAUGCCUGAAGAGCACGUCGCCAACAUACUUCAUCGUGUCAAAUCUUGAGCCCCGAUUGUACUUCAAGAAAGCAGUGGCCAUUCAGAAGAUUCUUUUUACGAAAUUACUGGUGUAUAUUCGAAACAACUUGGUCAACUAGUGCUGCUGCAUUCAGCUUAUUUGUACGAAAACUGGCACACGAAAACGCGCCAUAACUUAGCGCCCAACAACGAAUGCAUUAUUCGGAAACUUUCUUAGCAUGUAAAAUGCGACAUCAUUGUUGUGUCCUCUUCCUUUUCACCCAGUUUGUACUUUCAAUGUAGGCUGCAUUCUUAAACUUCGAAUAACGCGCUGAGGAAAGGAUAAAAGCAAAGGGGAGACGUGCUACAACGAACUCGACUAUGCCCUAUAACCGUUUGGUCAUCUUCCUUUUGAUCGUGUGCUAGUUGUUUUUCAAACAUAUUUAUUAUCGCACCUUUCCCUCUCCUCUUUGUCGUGACGAUGUCGACUAGGCUGGACUACUUCUGCCACGUUAGAGUUGUGCCACAAGGCCCGUCACUUCCAGGUAAGCAAUGAAUGUAUCUGGUAUGCGCUUCCGCUAAUAGUGGUUUCGAACGAGUCGACUCCACUCUUGGAAUCUUGGUGAUGUGGAGAUGAGCCAGGAAAAAGCCGGACUUCUGGGUAAAUUGCACGUGAAGAGGACCCUAUCCCGCUCGGUGCGUUUGCCAACCCAGGCCUCCCGCUUUCUUGUUUGACUCAAUUCUCCACACUAGCACGUCAGCAUCCGGACGCAUGUGGGCGAAAGCGCAACUGACUUGUCGAAUCGGCCACUGCGGCUAUACCGGGCGAUGAACGAAAUCGCAAGAAAAUUUAUUCGCCCGUAAGCACGCGUACAAGUGUGGUACAUACUACUCUGUCAUCUAAUACCGGUGCUUGCAUUGAGUACAAUAUACGCGUCGCACAUCAAAUACAUCGUACUCGAUAUAAACAAAGGAGCAAACAAAGCAGUACAUGGCGUCUACUUGGGACAGGCUUUGCCAUGUCCACUUCAACAACACUGUUACAGUAUACAUGCGAAAACUAUUGUCAGCCUCGAAUUCAUGAAUGACAAUCGGGGCACUUGCAACUUACUCCGGCAAACAUAAUUUGGGCAUCAUUCUGCCUGAAUAAAAAUUUGCCUCGACAGAUGGUUAGGUACCGCGCAGACUGCAGCGGCGAAGAAACUCGGCGAAGAACAGCUGUUCUUCUAGACAACGCCAUACUAUCGCCCGUAGUUCGCGCAGUGUGAGUUGCGUUGCUUUAUUUUAUUGCCGAGAUUGCUUUGCAUUGUUGCGGAAGCGCCACUAAACGUGGCUAGCGCUUUAAUAGACGAGACUUGCAAACCUAUCUCGCCGCCGUGGUGGCCGCACGGUGGAUACUCCAAAACAUUCUUGCAACCAGCUUCCAGAAGGCGCGUGCUAUGACACACUCCUUCACCACAUGAGUGUUGGUCUCUUUUUGUGCACAGUGUAUGCAUUUAUCAUUUGGUAUCUUUUCACGGCGUUCAAGCCUGGCUCGUACGUAAAAUUCCCCGCUGAUGUUGCCAAUAAAAAUUUAAUCGAGACGGCAAAUCAGGUGAAAGCGCGGCUGUCCAUGUUUGUGUAGUAUAGCUGUGCCUGGAGGUAUGCAGCUGUCGCGCACAACAUUUCACAAAGCCCCGAAAUUGGUGUCGCACGCCACUUGCUAUUUGUUGUUUGUAGAAGCUGUCGCUGCUGGCUGACUCCGGCCGGCACUGAGCAUCUGUGGUGUGCGUGGUUCUGUCCAGCUAUCGCAACAGCGCGAUCCAAGUGUGCGCCAGUGAAAUACGUGCGUGUAUCGGGGAGCACAAUGUAUGGGUGUCAUAGGUAAACCUAGGGAUACGGGCUCGUUCCGAAUUACGUAUUCCUCACUCGGUACAAAAAGUUGAGUUCAUGGAUGGCAAUUCAACAAAACCAUACACUUACGGUUGCAUCCGUCUCGUUCCGAAAAUCUAGUGGGCCGAAUGAGUCGAAGCGUUUGUACUAUAAGCGAUGUUUCACUUGCGCGCGAUGCCCGGGAGUUGUCCGAAUGGUUUGCUGAAGUACGAGUCCCUUUCCCUUCGCUCCCGUAUUUAGCUCACUGUUUCUAAAUGCUUCAGUCAUAAACUUGCCCAAAUUCACGCCCUGCUGACGUGCAUUGUUUGACUUAAAGAGCACUGUAAAGGCAAGAGUCUCCUCUUUUAAUUUAAGUGUCAGUUAUUUAAUCUACUCCUUAGCUACGAAAGCACGUCAACCCCUUCUCACCUUUUCACGUGCUUUACUCUGUCAACGAACUGUGACGUGUGUGUGUGCUUUUUACAUCACAACUAGAAAAUGUGUGCUUUUGUAUUUGUGGAAUGUCAACCAGGUGGUUCUGUUUAUCAUGUACAGUUGCCGCUUAGGCUACACAUUUCUGUAAUUCAUUGCGUUCUAUUUUGCUGUCACAAUCUUCUUUUUUGUUGUUCUGCCACGAACACAAAGUUCAAUAAAACUUGAGAGUGAA